CGUUGAGGCAAAGAGGUUGAGGCUGUACAAAUUGGCAUUUUCGGGAUAAGUGACCGCACUCUCUCUUGGAUUAAUAAAAUCUGUGUGGAAAAAUUUCAAUAACACCAGCUCAAAUAUGAAAGCCACGCUGUGGCUCUGCACAUUGGCAACAACAAUGCUUUGCUUCACUCAAAGUAUUCGGGCUUCGCCAGCUGCAACUUUACAAUAUAGCGAUGAGCCACGAGGGAAUGAGCUUCUGCAGGAUAAAUUUGAGGCAUCAAAGCGAGGACAUGCAUCUCUAUCAAUAGUGAAUCCACUGGAUGUCCUGAGGAAGAGACUUUUGCUGGAGAUUGCCAGAAGACAGAUGCGAGAAAAUAACAGACAGAUUGAAAUAAAUAGGGCAAUCUUGAAGACGAUUGGCAAGAAGCGUGCAGAAGUGCCACCGGAUUACGUGUAUGAACACCAAAUGGAUUUCGACGCCGAUUCGAACCCCACGAAGAAAGUCGUCCUCAGCAGUCUUGAUAACGAUAUUCCAGUGAUGUACAAUGAGUACAGAAGUCACAAGGAAAGUUUAUUUUAAGCCCUGUGUCCCAAUUUCACUCCCGCCGCAUGUCAAAUGCGAAUCUCCCGCAGAGAUUGCUACAUCAGAUGUUAAAUGAUUAUAUUGACCAUCCCGAAAUGAUUAGAGACCUGUCCUGUCAACUCUACUAGCUCCCCUUGGAAAAGGAUAUUAGUGUUCCAUAAAUAGUUGGAAUAGUUCUCAUUAUAUAGUGGGAUGAUUUGUAGACAGAGAAGACACACUAUAUAUGGAUAAAAGUUUAGCUUGGGAUUUGAGACUCAUGCUGCUGGAAAUGAUUUCCAAUUUAUCAUUAUUUACACAUCAACGCCCAUUUUUAAUUGAAUUGCAUCAGAGUUUUUAAUGGCUGAAAAGCGCAUAGUGGUUCACACUCAAUUUUUCAUGGAAUAGAUUACAAAAACUAAUAAAGCGUUUAAUAUAUUUUUAAUUGCAUGUGAUUUCCAAUCAAUUUCUCUCCCAUCUAAUCAAGUUAUUGUAAAAUCAUCAAGUCUUCUAGAAAAUAACUUAAAAUAGAUUUAAAAUGAAAAUAUACAUAAAAAAAAUGAGAGGACAAACAAUGGAACAAUAUGUGACAGAAAUAGAAUACUAACCAAUGUGCAACACAAAUAUUUAUUAAUAUGUAAAACAUGAGAAUGAAAUACAUGAUAAAAUUAGUGACAUCCUAUUCAUAUGGAAAAUUAUUUCAUAAAAUAAAACAAAACACGUGAGAGAUGAAGAAGUGUGGGAUAAAAGAAGGAGAAAUAUAUUGACUAAAAGUGAGAUGAUGUAUAUAAUAAAAAUUUAAUUUUUAAGCAAUAUAUAAACUUUUGGAAAACCUAAAGAUGAUUUUACUCAUCGUGGGAUAAGUUGUUGGG